CUUUGCCAUUGGGAUUGUCUUGCCACAUGUCUACACCUCCAGUCGCCCUCCCAAAUAUCUCUUGAUCAAUAGCAUAUGAGGCCACAAUUGACGGUUAUAAUAUUCUUUAUGACCUUGUGUUACACUGUGACAAUGACUUCUUUUGAGUCUAGCUUUGAUUUUCCCGUCUAUCUGAUGCCGCCUUUGACUUAUUUGACUUUCUUCAAUGCGCGGAAAGACGAGACACAAAAGAAAUGUCAUCUCAAUCCCGCUUAUCAAUGGACACCGUCUUCUGUUAUUACCCAGCCCAUGGUGCUCUCUAACGAUACAACACGUUACCGUUGGAUCUAUCCACCUUUCUAAGCACACCAAGUUGCCGGACUCCACCAAUUCAUUGGAUAGCUAAACCUAGCUUUUAUACUGCAAACGUCAAGCCGUAUUCGGGGAAAUGCCAAACGUUACCGAGACUAUAGACUCUACACGAAGACCGAGUCUCGAGCCAAUAUGGACACUCUACCAAAACCUCAACGGCCUGCCCAAGACUGCCUUCAGACCGGCCAAUAGUCCUGAAGGCCUCACACCUUCGCCAAUGUCCCCAAAAAGUUUGCCUAGUCCCAUCUACCCGUCCUAUGACCGUUGUAUGGAACUACACGAACGAGCAAUGGUUAGUCGUCUGAACGGACUGGUCCGCCAAAGCACUACGAGCAUUACGCCCCCGAGACAUGACGAUGAAGACUCACCCUUGGCAAAACAGUUCGAGGAAGUCACCAUCCUGCCGCCCUUGAACUUGCAGCAUGGACUUCCACCGCCUCCUUCACCUGCACCGAUAUUUGCUCCUCAGCCAACGAGGCAUCCUUUGCGGAGAUCUAGGACUGUAUUAGAACCAACGACGAUGACUCUAGACCAUGCCCUUCCAGAAGAGCCAUUUCGAGAACUCGAAAGAAGAAAUAGCACAGCGAAAGUGACACGUCCACUUCCACCUCCACCUCCGAUUCGGAAGGAAUCUUUUGUGGAUAUUCGUGACCAGCUCCGAAGUUGGGGUCACGUAUACUACGGCAAUGCCAAAACAGCAGAUGCAUUCGUAAUUGCGAGAUCACUGCGGCAACAUAGUGGCACGGCCGUAGACUUUAAGGCAGAUAUAGGAUCUCCGAAGAUCAGAAAUUCAAAUCAAAUGACCAUUCGAGCAAUCAUUCGUCCCAGGGCUUUAGAGAGGCAGUCAUUCCUGAUUCAGCGGAGCUUCGAUAUUGAAGCACUAUGCACGUCGGUACCAGAUCCCGUCGAAUCAUCGCUGCCAGCUAUACAAGAACACCAAUCAACCACUUCGGGUCUUCAGGCGUUACCAAGGCCAAUCUACCAUAGAAGACGAAGCAGUGCUAAAUCGAUCGAACUGCUAUCGCGACAUGGGAGAACAAGCGUCUGCAUGGACUACGAGGCGCUGGUUCACGAUGCUAAAGCUGUACCGAUUCAUUUGAAAUAUGCAAGAGCAUGGUUACCAGUGUUGGCCGCACUGCUCCAGUCGGGCCAUAUACGAGAAGGAGAUAUCAUCUAUUUGCCACUGCCCCAUGCUGAAGCCUGGCCACAGACAAUCAAGUACCUAUAUACUGGCCAUGGUGAGCUUACGGAAGCAGUAAAGGAGAACAUUACUUACCUUGCCGGCAAGUUCUAA